AAAAAAAAAAUUAUAUGACCACGCUAGAUUGCCCAGAGGUUGACUUAAGUCAGUAAACAAAACGGUAUUUUUAUUGAAAAACGUCGAUUAUUUACUGUAAUAAAUUCAACUCAUUGAGUACUAAUAAAACAGUGAUUUAUUUUUUGUGUUUACAAGGUAUCUUAUUUUGUGUGGAAAAAUUUUCGGGAAAAUGUUGUUAACGUUAAUUGAGUUAAUUUUCGUUACGUACUGUUUAGUGUAUUUAAUCGGUUUUUUAAUACUUGAUUGUGAUUUUUGGUUAGCAUUUCUUGAAUUGUUUGGAAAUAAUAUAGGUCAUUUAAAGGGUCAAGUAGUUUGGAUUACUGGAGCAUCCAGUGGUAUUGGAGAAGGUUUAGCAAAAGCCUUAACACGAUAUGGAGUUCGUGUUGCAAUAUCGGCUCGUCGAGUUGAAGAGCUAGAACGAGUUCAACGCGAAUGCCUAGUGGGGUCUAAACUCUUAUCAGAAAAUGAUAUACUAAUUGUUCCAAUGGAUAUAACCAAAAUCCAUACACAUCAAGAAUGUUUGAAUCGUGUAUUGGCACAUUUUGGAACUUUGGAUAUACUUGUUAAUAAUGCUGGACGAUCACAAAGAGCAAUUUGGCAGGAUAUUGAAUUGGAAGUAGACCGUCAAAUGUUUGAAUUGAAUGUAUUUGGACCAGUAUCGUUAACUCGUUUAGCGGUUAAAUACUUUUUGCAAAAAGGAACAGGUCAUGUAGCGGUUACAUCAAGUAUUGCAGGAGUAAUUCCAGCACCAUAUUCAGCAACUUAUACCGGCACUAAACAUGCAAUUAAUGGUUAUUAUGGAAGUUUACGUAUUGAAAAAAUGGAUACGAAAAUAACGGUAUCAAUCUUGUGUCCCGGACCCGUACACACAAAUUUCUUAUCAGAAAGUUUUACAACACGCCCUGGUGAAGUAUUAGAACAAUCAACAUCUAGUACCGAUAAUCGUAUGACAGCUGAUCGUUGUGGAUAUUUAUGUGGAAUUGCUUUAGCAAAUAAGGUUACUGAAGCUUGGAUGGCGAAAUUUCCUGUAUUACCAAUAACUUAUGCAUUUGUUUACUGGCCAAACUUUUGCAAAUUGGUAAUUAAAUGUGUGGGUCCAAAAACAUUCUUAAAAUUACGGGAUAGCAAAGAUACGCUCAGCACUAACAAUGCUGCACGUUAAAUUCAAUAUAAUAUUUGUGAUGAGCAAACAUUUUUAAAUGUGCGAUAGAAUUAGAGAUUUGAUGUCUCAAUGUUUCAAUGUCAAUUAAUUCAAAGUCAAUAUUGUAGUUUUAGCGGCCAUAUCGUCAAAUAGAUCUUGUAGACAUAAUAAUUAUAUUAAGAUUACUAUAUUUAUAAAGCGCAUUAAGAUUAAUCUUUCUUAACGCUAUUUUUUUAAA